GGGGCGCGCCGGGCCGGAGAGGCGCGCUCCGGCCGCGCUCGCUCCGCGUUCCCUUCGCUUCCUUCGCUCGCUCGUUCCCUCCUCCCUCGGCAGCCGCGGCGGCAGCAGGAGAAGGCGGCGGCGGCGGCUGGGGAUAGACAUGGCGGCGGAUCUGAACCUGGAGUGGAUCUGCUCCCUGCCUCGCUCCUGGACUUACGGGAUCACCAGGGGCGGCCGAGUCUUCUUCAUCAACGAGGAGGCCAAGAGCACCACCUGGCUGCACCCCGUCACCGGCGAGGCCGUGGUCACCGGACACCGGCGGCAGAGCACAGAUUUGCCUACUGGCUGGGAAGAAGCAUAUACCUUUGAAGGUGCAAGAUACUAUAUAAACCAUAAUGAAAGGAAAGUGACCUGCAAGCAUCCAGUCACGGGACAACCAUCACAGGACAACUGUAUUUUUGUAGUGAAUGAACAGACUGUUGCAACCAUGACAUCUGAAGAAAAGAAGGAACGACCUAUAAGUAUGAUAAAUGAAGCUUCUAACUAUAAUGUGACUUCAGAUUAUGCAGUGCAUCCAAUGAGCCCUGUAGGCAGAACUUCACGAGCUUCAAAAAAAGUUCAUAAUUUUGGAAAGAGGUCAAAUUCAAUUAAAAGGAACCCUAAUGCACCAGUGGUCAGACGAGGUUGGCUUUAUAAACAGGACAGUACUGGCAUGAAAUUGUGGAAGAAACGUUGGUUUGUGCUUUCUGACCUUUGCCUCUUUUAUUAUAGAGAUGAGAAAGAAGAGGGUAUCCUGGGAAGCAUACUGUUACCUAGUUUUCAGAUAGCUUUGCUUACCUCUGAAGAUCACAUUAAUCGCAAAUAUGCUUUUAAGGCAGCCCAUCCAAACAUGCGGACCUAUUAUUUCUGCACUGAUACAGGAAAGGAAAUGGAGUUGUGGAUGAAAGCCAUGUUAGAUGCUGCCCUAGUACAGACAGAACCUGUGAAAAGAAUUACCUUUAAUUUCCGAGUGGACAAGAUUACAUCAGAAAAUGCACCAACUAAAGAAACCAAUAACAUUCCCAACCAUAGAGUGCUAAUUAAACCAGAGAUCCAAAACAAUCAGAAAAACAAGGAAAUGAGCAAAAUUGAAGAAAAAAAGGCAUUAGAAGCUGAAAAAUAUGGAUUUCAGAAAGAUGGUCAAGAUAGACCCUUAACAAAAAUUAAUAGUGUAAAGUUGAAUUCUCUGCCUUCUGAAUAUGAGAGUGGGUCAGUCUGCCCUGCUCAAACUGCACACUACAGACCAGUCAACUUAAACAGUUCAGAGAACAAAAUAGUCAAUGUUAGCCUGGCAGAUCUUAGAGGUGGAAAUCACCCCAUUACAGGGCCCUUAUACACAGAGGCUGAUCGAGUCAUACAGAGAACAAAUUCAAUGCAGCAAUUGGAACAGUGGAUUAAAAUCCAGAAGGGGAGGAGUCAUGAAGAAGAAACCAGGGGAGUAAUUUCUUAUCAAACAUUACCAAGAAAUAUGCCAAGCCACAGAGCCCAGAUUAUGGCCCGCUACCCUGAAGGUUAUAGAACACUCCCAAGAAACAGCAAGACAAGGCCUGAAAGUAUCUGCAGUGUAACCCCUUCCACUCAUGACAAGACCUUAGGACCUGGAGCAGAAGAGAAACGGAGGUCCAUGAGAGAUGACACAAUGUGGCAGCUCUACGAAUGGCAGCAGCGUCAGUUUUAUAAUAAACAGAGCACCCUUCCUCGACACAGUUCUUUGAGUAGUCCCAAAACCAUGGUUAAUAUUUCUGACCAGACAAUGCACUCUAUUCCCACAUCACCUUCCCAUGGGUCAAUAGCUGCUUAUCAGGGAUACUCUCCUCAACGAACUUACAGAUCGGAAGUAUCUUCACCAAUUCAGAGAGGAGAUGUGACGAUAGACCGCAGACACAGGGCCCACCACCCUAAGCAUGUCUAUGUGCCUGACAGAAGGUCAGUGCCAGCUGGCCUGACUUUACAGUCUGUUAGUCCCCAGAGCCUCCAAGGGAAAACGCCAGAGGAGCUUACACUGCUGCUAAUAAAGCUGAGACGGCAACAAGCCGAACUGAGUAGUAUCCGGGAGCAUACGUUAGCACAGCUCAUGCAGCUAAAGCUUGAGGCCCACAGCCCAAAGAAUGAAAUUCUUUCACAUCAUCUCCAAAGGAACACCAUAUAUUUGGAUCAUCAGAUGAAAGAAAAUGAACCUAUUAUCACCAUGGUUCACACAAUGAUUGAGAACUCGGCGCUAAGACCCCAACUGUACCAGCAAUUCUUAAGACAGAAGAACAAGAUAAGUCUAUAUUGUCUGUCACAAGAUGAAGGUAGAGGCACAUUAUACAAAUACAGACCUGAAGAAGUAGAUAUUGAUGCCAAGUUAAGCCGAUUAUGUGAACAGGAUAAAGUGGUGCAUGCUCUGGAAGAGAAACUUCAGCAGCUCCACAAGGAGAAAUACACCCUUGAGCAAGCUUUGCUAUCAGCCAGCCAAGAGAUAGAAAUGCAUGCAGAUAACCCAGCAGCCAUUCAGACAGUGGUGUUACAAAGGGACGAUUUACAAAAUGGACUGCUUAGUACGUGUCGAGAACUUUCUCGAGCCACUGCCGAAUUGGAACGAGCAUGGAGGGAAUAUGAUAAGUUAGAAUACGACGUGACUGUUACCAGGAACCAGAUGCAAGAGCAGCUAGAUCACCUUGGUGAAGUUCAGACGGAAUCAGCAGGAAUUCAGCGAGCACAGAUUCAGAAAGAACUUUGGCGAAUUCAAGAUGUCAUGGAAGGACUGAGUAAACACAAGCAGCAAAGAAGUACUACAGAAAUAGGUAUGAUAGGAUCAAAGCCUUUCUCAACAGUUAAGUACAAAAAUGAGGAAGAGGAAGUAGUCCCACCUCGUCCUCCACUUCCUCGGUCCUAUGACUUUACAGAGCAGCCUCCCAUAAUCCCCCCUCUGCCCAGUGAUAGCAGCUCCUUGCUCUGUUAUAGCAGGGGCCCAGUUCAUCUGCCUGAAGAAAAGAAGAUGUAUCAAGUUCAAGGAUAUCCAAGAAAUGGAUCUCACUGUGGUCCAGAUUAUAGACUCUACAAGAGUGAACCAGAGUUAACAACAGUGGCAGAAGUUGAUGAAUCUAAUGGAGAAGAAAAAUCAGAACCUGUUUCAGAGAUAGAAACUUCAGUUGUUAAAGGUUCCCAUUUUCCUGUUGGAGUAGUCCCUCCAAGAACAAAAUCACCAACACCCGAAUCUUCCACAAUAGCUUCAUAUGUAACCCUGAGGAAAACUAAGAAGAUGAUGGAUCUAAGAACGGAAAGACCAAGAAGUGCAGUGGAGCAGCUCUGUUUGGCUGAGAGUACUCGACCUAGGAUGACUGUGGAAGAGCAGAUGGAAAGAAUAAGAAGACAUCAACAAGCGUGCCUGAGGGAAAAGAAAAAAGGAUUAAAUGUUAUUGGUGCUUCAGACCCAUCACCCUUACAAAGCCCUUCAAAUUUAAGGGAUAAUCCUUUUAGGACUUCUCAGAUUCGAAGGAGGGAUGAUAACAUUAAGGAACUGGACACUGUCAUUAGAGAAAAUUAUGUAAAGCCAGACCAUGAAACUCCUGCAGCAGAAAUUGUUCAACUGAAAGAAGAUGAACCCCAAAAUGUGGACUUCAGCAAAGAGUUAAAAAAAACUGAAAAUAUUUCAUAUGAAAUGCUUUUUGAACCUGAGCCAAAUGGUGUAAAUUCUGUGGAAAUGACGGAUAAAGAAAGAAACAAAGAAAAAAUGCCUGAGGAUGUUAUAUACAGCCCUCAAGAUGAGACACAGAUCACAAAUUACCAACCAGAAGAUCCUCUUGUUGAAGAAAAUGCAAAGAACAAUGUUGUCGUACAGGAAGAAACUGUUAUUUCUUACGAAUCAACUCCUGAGGUUUCUAGAGGAAAUCAAACAAUGGCAGUGAAAAGUCUUUCCCCAUCUCCUGAGUCUUCGGCAUCGCCUGUUCCAUCCACUCAGCCACAGCUCACAGAAGGAUCACAUUUCAUGUGUGUGUAGUCUCAGAGAACUAUACUGACUUCUGUUGAAACCAUUCAAAGCUAAAGACUUGGACCUUCAGCAGUGUAAGAAGAUAUUGUACAGUAUAUUUUAAAUCUAUGAAAUUCAUAGUUCUGAUGCUUUUGGUCACAGAGCAUCAUUUUAUCACUUCUGGAAAAUGUUUAUUCCAAAACAGCUUUAAUGGCCCAUAUGUACACUCCGUAAUCUCAAGGUUAUUAUUCUGACACCAGCUUGCUGCUAUGAUUUCAGAGCACAUAAGUAAAGGUGCUUUUUAAUGUGCAGUCUAUUGCCAGAGCUUACUUAGUUGCUGAUUUCCAGAUUUCGGUGUUUCUUAAGUCUAAGUGAAUUUAUAUAUUUUUUUUUUGCUUUUCAUUUUCUAAAGUUAGUUAUCAUUUCCAAUGAAGCUUGUUUUCCUUUUUUUUUUUCUUCUUCCCAUUUUAGCUACUGCAGUGCUUUUGUUUCACACUAGAUUUGUAAAAAUUUUAUAUAUAUAUAUAUAUAUAUAUUUAAAAUGUGCCAUUUUAUUGCUAAGUGAAGUAUGUCCUGUUUUCUGCUGUAAUUCUUUCUCGGUCAGAUUGCAAUGUCAGCAGUUACUGCCACACUCCUGUCAGCUUAAACACAAAUGUUAUCACUUACCUUUUCUUAAAAAAAAAAAAAAAAAAAAAAAACAAUUAAAAGUGUAGGUAUUUUGAAGUACUGGGCUUAUACUUCAUUGGAAUACAUGUGUACAGCAAUAAGCAGGUUUUCAAAUCCAGUACUUAGUUUGUGUACAAAUGUAAUUAUGUUCAUUGUGUAUAUAUUAUACAAUGAGCACAUGUAAUGUAUUAAAGGCUACUUACUAUUGUUUAAAUGCAAAUGUUCAUAUCUCAUUUCUUUUUUAUCAUGUUAAAUAAAUGUUGAUGUUCUUAAA